UGGGCAUUUAUCGUAAUAGCCAAUCCGACGCUGGCUUUCUUAGCGAAAUAAUCAAUCGAAAGCCGCGUUGUAUCGAGGCCGGUUUUUGUUCCUCUGAGCACGCGCGACUGUGACAGUGUUGUGCAAGGAACGACGGCAAUGUGACUGUGCGAUGGAAGCGCGUGUGGAAGCUUAAAUUGAUAAUAUAUAGUUAAAUGUAUAACUUCGAUUUAAUUUAUAUUAUAGAGUGGUUUAAGACAGCAGAUUUUAAUAUUAACAAUGCUUCGGAAAAGUAAAUAUCUCUUAUCCCUAAGUAGGUUUAAAGGCCAGUAUGUAUGGAGACCAAAGAGCAGCUCAGCCCCUGAUCGAGCUCUACAGUAUGUGGUAGGCCAGAAGAUCCAUGGUUUUACCGUCCGAGAGGUAACUCAAGUACCUGAUCUGUCCCUGACGGCUGUUAAACUCUGUCAUGAUGUCACAGGGGCUCAGUAUCUGCACACAGCAAGAGAUGACUCCAAUAACCUCUUCAGUGUGCAAUUCCGUACCACGCCCAUGGACAACACAGGGGUUCCCCACAUUCUAGAACACACGGUUCUGUGUGGCUCUCAGCGCUACCCCUGCAGAGAUCCGUUCUUUAAAAUGCUGAAUCGCUCUCUCUCCACCUUUAUGAAUGCCUUCACAGCUAGUGAUUAUACAAUGUACCCAUUCUCCACUCAGAAUGCCAAGGAUUUCCAAAACCUUCUAUCCGUCUACCUUGAUGCCGUCUUCUUUCCCUGCUUGCGAGAGCUGGACUUCUGGCAGGAAGGUUGGCGUUUGGAGAAUGAGCAUCCUACAGACCCAUCAUCUACACUGAUGUUUAAAGGAGUGGUUUUCAAUGAGAUGAAAGGCGCUUUUUCGGAUAAUGAACGAGUCUUCGCGCAGCACUUGCAGAACAAGCUGUUACCUGAUCACACAUACUCGGUGGUGUCAGGAGGAGAACCUCUCGCCAUACCCGACCUCACAUGGGAACAACUGAAAUACUUUCAUGCUACACACUACCAUCCCAGCAAUGCAAGGUUUUUUACCUAUGGUGAUAUGCCAUUGGAGCAGCAUCUGAAGCAGAUACAGGAGGAGGCUCUGUGCAAGUUUCAGAGAACAGAAACAAACACUGCUGUACCAGCACAGAGCCGAUGGGAUGUGCCAAGGGAAGCUCACGUGACCUGCAGUCCUGAUGCAUUGGCUCCAGAUGCAGCUAAACAGAACACACUGUGUGUCAGCUACCUGCUGGGGGACAUCACAGACACGUUUGAGGCUUUCACUCUGAGUUUUCUCUCUUCCCUGAUGAUCUCUGGCCCGAAUUCUCCAUUUUACAAAACACUGAUUGAACGAAAGAUUGGUACUGACUUCUCUUCUGUAGUUGGGUAUGAUGGCAGUACCAGGGAGGCCUCAUUUAGCAUCGGCUUGCAGGGCAUAGCAGAAGAGGACAUGGAGAAUAUCAAACAGGUCAUUAGCCAAACCAUCGAUGAGAUCAUAGAGGCUGGGUUUGAAGAGGAGCGGAUUGAGGCGUUACUGCAUAAGAUUGAGGUUCAGAUGAAACACCAGUCUACCAAUUUUGGCUUGGCCCUGGUCUCUUAUCUUGCAUCCUGCUGGAAUCAUGAUGGAGACCCAGUGCAGUUGCUGAAGAUAAGUGAGAAUGUCAGCAGGUUCAGACAGUGUCUGCAGAACAACCCUCACUACCUACAGGACAAAGUGCAGCACUAUUUUAAGGACAACACACACAGGCUGAUAUUGUCUAUGAGCCCAGAUGCACAGUAUAUGGAAAAACGAAACAAAGCAGAGCAAGAAAAACUCCAGCAGAAAGUACAAGCUCUCACUGAUGCUGACUACAAAGACAUCUAUGAAAAAGGCUUACAGUUGCUCUCUGAGCACAGCAAAACUCACGACACUUCCUGCUUACCUGCCCUAAAGGUGUCUGACAUCGAACCCACCAUACCACACACAUCUGUGCAGAUGGGUACUGCAGGAGGAGUGCCAGUUCAGUACUGUGAGCAGCCUACUAAUGGCAUGGUGUAUUUUAGAGCCAUGUGUAACCUCAACACCCUCCCAGAGGACCUGAAGAUUUAUGUCCCACUCUUCUGCAAUAUUAUCACUAAGUUGGGCUGUGGGAAACUGGAUUAUCGGCAACAGGCCCAGAAGAUGGAGCUGAAGACUGGUGGUAUGUCUGUGACUCCACAGGCCAUAUCAGGCACAGCUGAUCUCGACAUGUAUGAACAGGGCAUUUUCCUUACUUCCUGCUGUCUGGAGAGGAACUUGGCUGAUAUGUUCCACCUGUGGAGUGACAUAUUUAACUGUCCUCAUUUUGAUGACGAGGAGAGGCUGAGAGUGUUGGUGAUGAUGUCAGCUCAAGAGUUAUCCAAUGGAAUUUCAUAUUCAGGCCACAUUUAUGCAAUGACACGGGCAGGGCGAUCGCUCACGCCUACCGCUGAUCUGUAUGAGACUUUCACUGGUAUGGACCAGGUAAGGUUCAUGAAGAGAAUAGCUGAGAUGCCUGAUCUAACAUCAGUUUUAAGGAAGCUACCCAGAAUAAAGAGACACCUCCUGAAUCCAGAUAAUAUGAGGUGUGCAAUUAACAGUACUCCUCAGAAGAUGGCAGAUGCUGCAGGUGAGCUGGAGAGGUUUGUGUAUAGUAUAGCCUCUAACAAGAAGGAGCGGAAGUCUGUCAGAGCAGUUAUUGCUGAGAGACCAUUGGAUCCUCAGGCUCCUGCUGGAUCAGUUGCAAGUUGUAACCUUGUCUCUGAGGCUCAUUUUAAGCCAUGUCAGAUGAAGACUUAUUUUGAAUUUCCAUUUCCUGUGUACUUUGUUAGUGAGUGUGUGCGCACUGUACCCUUGACACAUGAGGAUUAUGCCAGUUUAUGUAUUUUAGGAAGGAUGAUGACCGCUAAGUUUCUACAUGCAGAAAUCAGAGAGAAAGGUGGAGCCUAUGGAGGAGGAGCAAAAAUAGGAGGAGAUGGCUUGUUUGCCUUUUACUCGUAUAGAGACCCUAACUGCUCUCAGACACUGGAAGUGUUUCGCAGUGGUGUGGAGUGGGCUCAAGAUGGUAGGUUCACGCAGCAGGAUGUGGAUGAGGCCAAACUGUCCAUCUUCUCCACUGUAGAUACCCCAGUUGCCCCGUCGGACAAAGGUUUGGGGCUUUUUAUGAAUGGGAUUACUGAUGAAAUGAAACAGGCUCACAGAGAAAGACUCUUUGCUGUCACACAUAAAAGCCUUAUAGCUGUGGCUAACCGGUAUCUUGGUAUCGGUCAGAGGACAUGUGGAGUUGCAGUUUUGGGUCCCAGAAAUGAGAGUAUUAAAAAGGACCCCUCCUGGAUUGUGAAAUAGGCACAACAAUUUUGUGUUUUGGAAAAAGAUUAGUGAAUUACUUGUUUGUUUGUUUUUUUACUUUAAAAAAACCAUAGACUAAAUUUUACAUGUAGACACAAUAUGCAAUAGAUUUAUUAGUUGUUAUGACUCCCUACAAUAUGCGUAACCUUUCAGUAUCCUUUCAAACGUCAUCUUUUUCAACUUGGCAAACACAUGCAGAUAUUAAUUAUUAUUAAAGAGUGUUGACUGUAGUUUCUUAUAUUGUGUACUGAAAUGAAUCUUUCUUAAACAAUAGGUUUUCAAAAACAGUAUCAUAUUGCUGUCAGAGUAAACGUUUUUGAACGUAUGCUGUGCCCUGGUUUUUAUUUUUACAAUUUAAAUGUAAUAUACAAUGUCCCAGUUCUGAGAAUGCUAUACAUUUCUCUUUUUGUUUUCUUGCUUUUCUUGCACCGCAGCUACUGCAUUUGUUAACGUGCUGGGAAAGUUAUGCUGUCCUGGGACUUGCAGUCAUUAUGAAAGAAAAUAAAUAUUUUACAUAUUGAAUAAUUCCUCUUGGAAAUACACCUACUAAAGGGGUACUGCAUAUAAGCAAGUCAACAAACUUGUACUCGCUUGUGGAUGUCCCUAAAUAUGACUGCUGAAAUGAGCAGAAUGUAGCAUGUAGUUUGUUAAUAUGCAUUAGCACCAGAGUUGAGUGUAAUGUAAUCUUUAGGUGUAAUACUGUAAACUUUUUUCUGAUUACGCGGUAAUGUAACACAAGUGAUGUAAGUUUAUGUAAUUUGAUUACAGUUACUGAUGUCAAUGAAAUUGUUACAAAUUUAUUUUUAAGAAAACUAUAUUAAGUAAAAUGUAUUUUUAAAAUAGAUAACGUUUUGCCCUGAAGAUUUUUAUCUUUAGCACUGAAUAAUUCUCCACUUGGAGCGGUUUGUCACUACAUUACUGAAUGUCAGUAAAAGAAGACCACCUGUAAUUUUAUAUCUUAAGUGAACGGAGGCGAGACCUCAGACUGGGUUUACAGGAAAAUACAUGGAAACACUCGUGUCUUAUUGGCUGACGGCUCUCACUUCUGCCAAACAAAGAAAAAUGGAGCAUACGCUGAUUUAAAAAAAUAAUUAUUAUUAUUUAUUUUUAACCAGUAAAUGGGUU